GCUUCAACAGUCGUACCAACCCAAACAAGUUAAGUCGCAAAUAACGCUUUUCCUCACUUUUUAUCGCAAACUACUCAUUGGUAAGCCUUUCAGACGCAUUUCUGGCCCCUUUUCCCUUUACAAAACCCCAAUUUAACCCCCAUUUUUGUCGCUCGCUGACCCUAACCUCAAAUGUCAAAACUGGAGCCCCUUCAGACUUUAUCAAAGCACACGGGACGCGUAUGGGACGUCAGUUGGCACCCCAAAGGCCAGACUUUCGCGUCGUGUGGCGAAGACAAGACUAUCCGGAUUUGGUUGAAAGACUCCGACUCGAAAUGGUCAAACAAGGUGAUUCUCACUGAUGGCCACACACGCACAAUUCGGGAGGUUGCAUGGUCCCCCUGUGGCAACUACCUCGCUUCGGCCUCCUUCGACACCACCACCUGCAUCUGGGAUAAGAAAUCGGGCGAAUUCGAGUGCAAUGCCACACUCGAGGGGCACGAAAACGAGGUUAAGAGCGUGUCUUGGUCGAAAUCGGGGCGCUUUUUGGCCACUUGCAGUCGAGACAAGUCAGUGUGGAUUUGGGAGAUCGCCGACGAGGACGAGUACGACUGUGCGGCCGUGUUGAGUGCACACACCCAAGACGUGAAGAAGGUCGUGUGGCACCCACAGGAAGACAUCCUCGCCUCGGCCUCCUACGACAACACAGUGAAACUAUUCAAAGAGGACCAAUCAGACAACGAUUGGGUCUGUUUUGCGACGUUGCAAGGACACGAAUCGACCGUUUGGAGUCUCAGUUGGGGCCCCACGGGGACAAGACUUGUCUCGUGUAGCGACGACGCCACUUUGAAAAUCUGGCAACAGUUCAAACCCGGAAACACUGAGGGGGUUAUCACCGAUGACGAAACGUGGAAAUGUGUGUGUACAAUAUCAGGGUACCACAAUAGAACCAUUUAUGACGUGUCCUGGAACCCCACAAGUGACUUAAUCGCCACGGCUUGCGGUGACGACGCUAUCAGAAUUUUUAAAGAGGAUCAAGGGUGCACCCCAGGGGCCCCCACUUUCAGUCAAGUGACGUGCAUACAGCGGGCCCACACCCAAGACGUCAAUUGCGUGGCAUGGAACCCCAUCCUAAGUGACAUUUUAGUGUCUUGUAGCGACGAUGGGGAAAUUAAAUUGUGGAAAUUUAUCCCUGAAUAAAAUUAAAUGUUUCACAA